AAAUGAGCUGAACGUGACACUUCCAAUCCUUGUUUCAUACAAUACAACCUAAACUUUUAUAUCCAAAAAGAGAUACUAGGAAGGAAGAGAGGAGCCAUCAGCCAGCUAUUGAACAACUAAGAAAGAUUCUUAUGCUACCUUUUUUUCUCUUGAAAAUUACUAAUAUAUAAUGUUGAAUUGUUUACAUACCUUUGUUCACCAAUCUCUGUGAUAAGGAUAUGGGAUUUUCGAGAGGAAUAAUGGAAUUGCCACUUUUGAGCUUCAUCUUUUUGUGCAUGUUAUUUGUUGCUCCUUCUUGUAGUAGAUAUUACACGCCUCCGAGCGUCCCACGUUUGACGGAUCUCGUUCCUCGUGUCUCAACGGAUCAAUGCUUUGCUAAGAUUUUUGGGGCCUCGAAUAUCCAGCUGAGGAAUAAUGGGUCCUCUGUCGAUCUCACUCUCGACAAAGUUUCUGGUGCUGGUUUGGUCUCAAGAAACAAAUAUCAUUAUGGAUUCUUCAGUGCUUCAAUCAAGCUUCCAUCAGGUCUCACUUCAGGGGUUGUAGUGGCUUUUUAUUUGUCGAAUGCAGAUGUUUAUCCCCAUUCUCAUGAUGAGAUCGACAUAGAGCUGUUGGGGCAUGACAAGAGAAAAGAUUGGGUAAUUCAAACAAAUAUUUAUGCCAAUGGAAGCGUUAAGACUGGAAGAGAAGAGAAAUUCUACCUUUGGUUUGAUCCCAGCUUGAAGUACCAUGAUUACACCAUCAUUUGGAACAACUAUCAUACAGUGUUUCUGGUGGAUAACGUUCCAGUAAGGGAGCUGCGAAAUUCUGAAGUGUUUUAUCCAUCAAAGCCUAUGUCAGUUUUCGUCACAAUAUGGGAUGGUUCAGAAUGGGCAACUCAUGGAGGAAAAUACCCAGUUGACUACAAGCAUGCACCAUAUACAGCUUCUUUUGAAGAAAUGGAAAUCAAUGGAGGUAUAUUAACACCAAAGGCAACUGUUCCUUCAAGUUCCAAAGCCAAUGUAUCGGGCCCAGAUACCGCGGAGGGUCCAGAAUUUAUCAAGCUAUCACAGCAGCAAGUAGAUGCAAUGGAUUGGGCAAGGAGGAAGCUCAUGUUCUACUCCUACUGUAAAGAUACAUCUCGAUACAAAGUUCUACCACCUGAGUGCAAAUAGAUGUAUUUUUCGUAUUUGUACUUGUUAAGAUUCUUUCAUCAUAAAUUCUAAGUUAGGAAGAAAACAGGUAUUGUAAUCUGGUAUAGAAGAAUCAUUAGCGGACCUCCAAAGUAAGACAUGGAUGAAAAGCGAAGGAAGAUGUUUGUCUUUGUGCCUCUCUUUUGUUUUUUGCAAUUUUCUUUUUAUUUGAAAAAAGAAAGCCUUUUCCCUUUCCGUUUCCCUUUCCGUAUAUGGGGAAAUAAAGGCUCUGGCUUAUUUGGUCCAUGAGGCAAGAAAAAAAAUCACUGUCAGAGAUGCACGAACUGGAUCCCACUAGACAGAUCUAAGAAAAGGCAAAUUAACUUUAUCUAGAAAGAUGUGCCAAAGACAAUGCGAGACAUCUCACGUGGGGAUGGCAACGCCAUUUUGUUUCAGUGUUUUGGACUUCAAAGACAAAGAUGCUGAUCAAUGACUGAAGGGAGAAGCAAACCUCCACAGACGAGUUUCAUUGGGGCCGUCAAAAAGGAAGAAUUUUCCGGGCAUGACAACCUGCCAAGCUCCCUAGAGCUACUCACAAACUGCAUGGUGAUGGAAGAUCAGUUUUUAUAAUACAGCAAGAUUGAGUAUUUUGUAAGUUGCAACACUAUAUGAAUUAUAAAGAUGUCGAAUUAAUCUGGAA